AUGCCGACAUCCCGGUUUCAGGCAGCGGUGUUCGCAACAACAUUAGGUUGCUGGUUUGUCGCCUGCUACAGGCGAGAAGAGGGUGACCGGGGUUCUUCACGGCUUUCGUCACGAUGUCUUGGGGUUUCAUGGCGGCUCGCACCUAUUCGCGCAACAGUGUUGACGAGACGAUGGAGGGUCGUGUUGGUCCUUAUUCGUAGGUUCAGAUCUGCAGAAGUUGAGUUACGGCGGUGCUACGUCACGAUUUGGGGUUUGAUUUUGGAUGUUACGGGAUGUCGACAUUCGAUGGCUGAAGGCUUCGCAGCAAGCAAGAGGGUCAAAGGGGAAGAAACUAAGAGGGAGUUCGUCACACUAGAAGGAGAAAUCCAAGGGGUUCUCAAAGAUGGCAUUGUUGUUGCUAUUAAAAGGGCCAUAGUGUAUCCCAACGUGCAGAAGAAUUCCAAGGAGUUUCACACCGAGCUUGACUUGCUUUCUAGGCUGAACAACGCACACUUGCUCAAUCUACUAGGCUACUGUGAGGAGGGUGAAGAGAGCUCCUUGUGUAUGAGUACAUGGCUCAUGGCUCAUUCCAUCAACACCUUCAUGUCUUCAAACAUUCUCAUCGAUGAAGAACACAAUGCGAGAGUGGCUGAUUUUGGUUUGUCACUGCUUGGUCCUGCAGAUAGCAGCUCCCCACUGGCUGAACUACCAGUUGGGACUCUUGGCUAUCUUGAUCCUGAAUACUACAAGCUCCAUUACCUCACCAAAAAGUUUGAUGUAUGCAGCUUUGGCGUUCUACUUUUGGAGAUACUGAGCGACAGAAAAGCUAUUGACAUGCAGUAUGAAGAAGGGAACAUUAUUCAAUGGGCAGUGCCUCUGAUAAAGUCAGGAGACAUAGCUUCAAUUCUGGAUCCAGUUUUGAAAGCUCCUUCUGAUGUUGAUGCAUUGAUGGGGAGUCCUUCCAUCAAACUCUUGCAUAGUCCUUCCAUCAGAAGCCAACAUCUUCGUUCUUCCAUCAAACUCCAAAUCGCGUCGUCACUUUUCCCCUGCAUCAAACAGACCUAUAGAGACAAAUCCCUGGCCAAAAUUUGA